AUGGAAAUCCAUAUCAAUAUUGUUUGGGAAGUUGUUGUAAUUCUUCCGCAAGUUGCGAUAUGUGGAUUAGGUUUUGGGAAAAAUAAUGGAUAUAUUAUGUAUGUCAUAAUGGUUUAUAUGACAGUUCUAACGGGAGUAUCCGCGUUUCAACUUCUAGAUUAUCGCAUGAAAGUUGUCACAACUUCACAUCAUUCUAGAUUGAAGUUUUGGAAUUAUUUUAUUCUUGGGAUAUGUCUUGCAUCUUGCAGCAUUUGUAUGACCACUUUGCUAGCGGCUUAUCCCGAAAUGACUGAUCAGAUUUCAUUGAAACUAAAACUUCAGAAAGUGAGGUUCAUAACUUCAAAUUCCAAAAAAAAAUGAAUUUUUUUAGAAAUUUCCUAGCUUCCCUGAUGUUUUCUGGUGCGAUAAUUGUAUAUUUCUCGACUUCGAUUCCAAAUAUCUGAAAGUCUUUUUGAUUUUUGGAAUAUUUUCCGCAUUUACUGGUGGAUUGUAUAGCAUCACAACCACUUUUAUUUCAAUCAUUGGACUAAAAUCUUUACAAUUCACAAUGUCUCACAGAACAUUGAACCUACAAAAAAACUUUUUGUGGAGUUUAUUUUUAAUGACUCUUGUUCAUGUUACAUUUAUAGCAAUUCCAGUUAUGUUAUUUUUCCUGUCUCAUUUUAUAUACAUUGAUGAGAAAAGUGAGUUAUAACAAUAACAAGAUAUGUAUGUAUGUGUAAAAAUUCCAUUCAGGAGUUGGAUAUAUUUUCAUAAUGCUUAUUUCACAACAUGGUUCUGGAGCAACAUUGGUCCUGAUUUUGACCAAUACCUCAAUCAAUAAUGUUAUCAAAAGUACUCUCCAGAUUUGCUGUUUGAAAUUUAGAAAAUCUUUCAAGUGUCAUUCGAGAGUUGAGUUGCAAAAUAAUGUUGUUUCUUUUAUUGAAUAA